AUGCUCACCAGCUGGCUCCUCAACGCUGCUGCCAGAGUCCCUCUCCGGGGCUCAUCAGCCACUGCCUUCCUGUCAUCUGUCAUCGCCACUGAAGCCGCCACAACCAAAUUCUCCGCGGGAGAUAACCCCAUUUUCCCAGGUCCCAUCCUGAAUAGUUGGUUUUGUUUUGUUCAAUUGACCUAUGAACUGCCUCAGCUUCAAGUUAGCAUUUGCGAUCCAGACCAGUCAACAGGCCGGCGAACAAAGGGUGUCAACCCACAGGUAAACAAUGCCAGCCCACCUACCAUCUUUGCCACCUUACCCAGAGAGGACUGGCAAGGCUUGGACAGAGCAGAAAUGAACCUACCCAAGGCGAGGACUGGGAAUCCCCAGACUCGAAUCCGGAUCCGCCUCGGAGCCGGAAACAGAAACAGACCCGGAGGCGGCGGCGAGGAUGGUGCCAUUACAUUCCUGGAGAGGAUGAGUGUGGAGCUGGACCUACCCUUAAAAAAGAUUGAGGUUCACCCAGGUCGGAUAGUCGUCGUCAUCAGCUGGGAGGGGACAGACCCCAAGCUGAAAUCCAUUCUCCUGAAUUCCCACACGGAUGUGGUGCCCGUCUUUGAGGAGCAUUGGAAACACGACCCAUUUGCAGCUGUGAAAGAUGAGCAGGGCAAUAUUUAUGGCCGGGGGACACAGGACAUGAAGUGUGUCACCAUUCAGUAUAUUGAAGCAAUUCGGAGAUUGAAAUCAGAAGGGAAGCGAUUUCCAAGGACAAUUCAUUUGUUGUUUGUUCCUGAUGAAGAAAUCGGGGGUGUGAACGGGAUGGCAAAGUUUGUUCAAUGUGAAGAGUUUCGGGCAAUGCGUGUCGGCUUUGGGCUUGAUGAAGGUUUGGCUAACCCCACUGAUGCCUUCACAGUCUUCUAUGGUGAGAGGAACGUGUGGUGGGUCACUGUGCACUGCCCGGGCUCUCCAGGACAUGGCUCUCGCUUCAUUGAGAACACUGCUGCAGAGAAGCUGCGUAAAGUUCUUAAUUCGUUCUUGGACUUUCGAGAGAAGGAGAAGAAGAGGUUGGACUUGAGUCAAUGCCUGACCCUGGGAGAUGUCACCACCAUCAACCUGACCUUAUUACAAGGAGGUGUCGCCUAUAAUGUUGUCCCCGAAGAGAUGAUGGCAAGCUUCGAUAUCCGUAUUCCCCCAACUGUGGAUCUGAAGGCCUUUGAAGAGCAAAUUAAGACGUGGUGUCAGGAUGCCGGCGAUGGUGUUGCAUACGAAUUUCGCCAGAAAGGCAUGGACCAGUCAGUGACGUCUAUUGACAAGGCUGACCCCUGGUGGAACACUUUCAGUAGCACGUGCCAGAAACUAGACAUGACCCUUCAGUGUGAGAUCUUCCCAGCUGCCACUGACAGUCGAUACAUUCGGGCUUUGGGAUACCCAGCAAUUGGAUUCUCACCAAUGAACCGGACCCCGAUCCUGUUGCAUGAUCACAACGAGUUCCUCAAUGAGAACGUUUUCCUGACUGGCAUUGCCAUCUACGCCGAGCUGCUCACUGCCCUCGCUAGCCUGCCCCCCCUGCCAGCUGAUGCCUGAGAGACGGGGUG